GUGAAGGAAAUGGAGAGCACAACGUUGUACUACUACAUGAACUGUUUUCAUGACAACUCUGUGAGAGCUCUUUACAACAGCAGGGACGUUUAGCCAGUAUAUAGAACUAUAUCGUUCUCAAAAUCUUGUUCGCAGUUACAGCCACUAUACUCUAUUUAUUUCUCGCAAUUCAAUUAACACAUUAAGUUUGUUCAAGACAGCCACUUAUUCAACGAUGUCUGAUGAUAUGAACCGAAUCUUUCUGUGGUGCGUGCCCCGAACAGUGUCAACCGCAUUGGUCAAAUGUCUCAGUUUUGUCGAAGGCCUCCAGGUGGUCAACGAGCCUUACGAGUGUGCCUUCCAUUCAGGACCAGAGAGAAAGAAUCCAAAUCCAGAUCUAAACAACCCGGUAGAGAAGCGGUUGAUGGGGUUACUUGAUAUUACAGGCUGUGACGAAGACGUCGGCGGUUAUGAAGCGUCAGUCUGCACUUACAGAUAUGUUAGAGAUGAGCUCUUAAAAGCAUCAUAUGGAGAUUCCAAGCUCCUGUUUUGUAAGGAUAUGGCUUUCUACCUCGAUGCUAAGUAUUACAUGCUUCCAAAUGGCUUCAAAUACAGCUUCCUGAUUCGUCAUCCUGCCAAGGUUUUUUUAUCAUGGAAAAAUUCACUCAAACAAACAUUCGGUGAAUCAUGUGCCAAACAGAUGGAUGAUUUAACCACAAUACCAGCCACGGUGUUUCCUGUGGGAUUUGGUUUUAAAGAGCUGUACGAGUUGCUUAUGUACGUGGAGGUGGACCUCCAUCAAGAGGCUGUCAUCCUUGACAUCGAUGACCUCUUGGCCGACCCACCAGGCCUAUUGUCUGCCUACUGUCUCAAGAUGGGCAUUCCGUACCAGCCAGGGCUUCUAACUUGGGAUGCAGGAGGCGAAGGCAGCGAAAAUUGGGUGGUGUCAAAGUCACUGAAAGUUGCCAACAAGAGAGCUGGAUUUUAUGGGAAGGCACUUCAGAGUAGCGGGUUCCAAAGUCCCAAACCUCCCCCUGCCCUGGACAGCCUUCCUGCCGAUGUUCAGACCUGUGUGGGAGCGUCAAUGGGAUACUACGACAAACUCCGCGCAAAACGAAUCAGACCUCUCUCUGCCAAAAUGUUAUAGCUUCAACUUCAAACGAAAGGAUGACAAGAAAUAAUGUCUUUGAUAAACUUCGACGACAUUGUGUGAAUUGGUUUUCAUUUUGAAGCCUCGGAACGGCACUGUGGUAAUGAAGUGAAAAUUUUAAAAUAAUUUGACACUUGUUUUAAAUUAUAAAUGUUAGGCCUACGUGCAUAAAGUACCGGUACAUUAAUGGUUUUAAUUGCUAUUGUUGGGUAUCUUUUGUGUUGGCCUGUAUACAUGUAUGAGCCUUUUGUAAAAAAAAAUUCAAACGAUUCACAUCAGCAUACAAAGUAUAACUAAGCCAUGGGAGGUCAAGUGGGAUUUAUCUAUUUGAUAAUUCCUGUACGUUACUAAAGUGUAAAGGGCAAAUACAACGGGGGGGGGGGGGCAUGAAUCUACGCCUAUGACAAGUAUGUAGCAAGUACAGUAUCGGGAGCUUACAAACAUGGUGGUUAAACAACCCAAUGAUUUGUUCUUAAACUGAACUAUGAAACCAGUCUACAAUAGCAACUAUCCUAUACUGAAAUCAUCCAAAUAACGCAUCACGUUUUUAUAUAAUAACUUCGAGUCGUUAACAGUACCCCCCCCCUUUGUAUCGAUCAAUAUUCCAAGAUGAAAACAAUACAUGCAUUUCCACAAUGAAUUGAAAAACACUGAUUGCAGCUGCAAGUUCAAGUAGACCUCUACAUAAAUCAAAAUUUCGCAUUAUGCAGGGUCCAGUCGCAUACAGCUGCUUUAAAGCACAAAUAGCCCAGCCAAAAUAUCAUUUGACAUAAAAUAAUGCUGUCACCACCAGUGACUGGUUUCCUGCUAAUUAUGGCUAGCUUAGUGGAAAAUCAUUAUCUUAAAUACAAAUUGUUCAUCUAAAGUUAGACGGGUACCAGUGCAUAUGGAUAUUCGCCAGUUUUUUCUCCGUCCAACCAGAUGUCAAAUCAAUUCAAGCAUCCAAAAAUAAACGUAAAGUUCGAAGUUCUAGUGGUGGAAGUGUAUAGCGCCCUCUGUUGCAGGAAUUUGGGCAGGCUUAAAGUUAAAACUUGUUUGAUUUGAUUCAAACUUUUAGACUGGAUGCUGAUUGAACUUUGAUUAGCUCUGAGUUCAGGGGAUUAUAUCAGUUGUGUAUAGCUUGCAAUUAUUUUUUUAAGAACUUGAGAAAAACAUUAAUCAAGGAUUUAACACAUGUUAUGCAAUACUAGUUCAAAAGUAGCAUAAGCACAAAGAGCACAAAACAUUUCUGCUUACAGAAAAAGAUUGCCAGCUCAAGUGGCAUCUGAACUGUACCCUCUGUGACUGGUAUCCUGCUUUUUACUUAGCAGAAGUCUGUUAAAAUGAACUGGACACUAUAAGCCAAUUCGGAGUUCCAGCUGCGCAUGUCUGUUACUGC